GUAAAAGCAGCUCUUUGCAUCUCUAGUGAAAGCGCUUGUCAGCCUCCAAGUUUCCUAGAGAAGAAAUCGCCGGGAUUUUAGCAGCAGCUUCCAGCUUCUGUGUGCAUUUUUAUUUCACUGGAGCAGGUGUUCUCAGCAUUCGAGAUUCUCAGCUCCAGACGAGCGGGUAGCGGGGACGCGUUCGGGGCUGAACGUCUUAGCCAACUCCUCUCGUCGUUCCUGGAGGAAUCUGGUUCUUUCUGGGACACCCUGGGCACGUGAGACCGUCAUUUCCAGCUGGACACUGGGAGAAAUCUGCCUACAACUCUCUCUGGGAUCCACGAGGAUCGAACAGCUCGCUCUGUGGUGAUAUCUGAUUUAGAUGUGUUUGUGUUGAAAAGUCCUUUGAGGGGGGUUUAGAAGUCUCUGUGUGUCUCUUGAGAAGUGUUGUGGUGGGGUUUUUGAGAGCAGGCUCCAGCGCCAGGGCUUACCGUCCAGUUCUUUCCGUGUUUGACCCUUGUACGGUAGGAGCCAUGCAGCUGGAUAAUGUCACCAAUGCGGGCAUCCACUCCUUCCAGGGGCACCGUGGAGUUGCCAACAAGCCCAAUGUGAUCCUGCAGAUAGGGAAAUGCAGGGCAGAGAUGUUGGAGCAUGUCAGGAGGACCCACCGGCACCUCUUGUCCGAGGUGUCCAAGCAGGUGGAGCGCGAGCUGAAAGGCUUGCAGAAAUCAGUAGGGAAGUUAGAGAAUAACCUGGAGGACCAUGUCCCAACUGACAACCAAAGAUGGAAGAAGUCCAUCAAGGCCUGCCUGGCCAGGUGCCAGGAGACCAUUGCCCACCUGGAGAGGUGGGUCAAGAGAGAGAUGAAUGUUUGGAAGGAGGUGUUUUUCCGUUUGGAGAAAUGGGCAGACCGUCUGGAGUCCAUGGGGGGCAAAUAUUGCCCUGGGGACCAUGGCAAGCAGACUGUGUCCGUUGGGGUGGGAGGCCCAGAGAUAAGGCCAAGUGAGGGGGAGAUUUAUGACUAUGCGCUUGAUAUGAGCCAAAUGUAUGCGCUGACCCCUCCCCCUGGGGAAGUACCCAGCAUCCCCCAGGGCCAUGAUUCCUACCAGUGGGUCUCUGUGUCAGAGGAUGCUCCAGCCUCCCCAGUGGAGACCCAGGUCUUUGAGGAUCCCAGGGAGUUCUUGAGCCACUUGGAGGAAUACUUGAAGCAGGUAGGUGGAACAGAGGAGUACUGGCUGUCUCAGAUCCAAAACCACAUGAAUGGCCCAGCUAAAAAGUGGUGGGAAUACAAGCAGGACUCUGUGAAGAACUGGGUUGAGUUCAAGAAGGAGUUUCUGCAGUACAGUGAGGGGACUCUGACUAGGGAUGCUAUCAAGAGGGAGUUAGAUUUGCCCCAGAAAGAGGGAGAGCCCCUGGACCAGUUCCUCUGGCGCAAGAGAGACCUGUACCAGACCCUCUAUGUUGAUGCAGAUGAGGAGGAGAUUAUCCAGUAUGUGGUAGGCACUCUUCAGCCCAAACUGAAGCGCUUCCUGAGUUACCCCUUGCCCAAGACCUUAGAGCAGCUGAUCCAAAGAGGGAAGGAAGUUCAAGGCAAUAUGGACCACUCCGAAGAGCCCAGCCCACAGAGGACCCCUGAGAUUCAGUCUGGGGAGUCUGUGGAGAGCUUGCCACCCUCAACCACAGCCAGUCCUGUGCCCAGCAACGGGACACAACCCGAGCCCCCUAGCCCACCAGCUACUGUGAUAUGAGCUGGUCCGAUUGAGGCAGCAGUCUGGGUUACAUGAAAGGGAAAAGGGGGAGUAUUUAGGAAGCUUCUCCUCAGAGGGAGAUUCUGGCUGUGGCGAGACAAGAGGUGUGCUCAGUCCAACAGCCCACAGCAAAGGAAUUAACUUUGCUUGCGGGGGGAGGGAGGUGAAGGGGGAGAGGCACCUUAGGAUGCGGUUGCCCACCUACCUGAGCCAUGCAAUAUGGUGGUGCUGAGGAUACUACUUGCACCACUGUGGGGAACGGACAAUUUUAUGAGACCCCCUGAAAAGAAACUAGAGAUAAUCCCCAACUUCAGAGGCAGCCGCUUGGCGCUGGCGGCUUUCAAGGACUUUAUACAAGUGCAGCUAUUGGCUGAGGGUUCCUACCCGUCUGGAUAUCUCCUUCUUCUUCUCUCCUCCCUCUUCUGAAGAGAUGUCCCUGUCCUGAAGGGGAACUUCUUUCUUUUGACCCAUGCCCGUUUCUGGCUUACUAUGGGUCUUCUGUUUGCUCGGCAACCUUCCAUUCUUGCUCCAAAGGAUUAAAGAAAAUUAAACAAAAAAAAAAAAAGAAAAAAGAAUAUAAAAGGGAAAUCUUAGAACUUCAGCAAAUGAAAACUUUAAGAAACUAGAUUUUUUUUUAGUGCUUUUCAUUUCAAGGCAUUUACUACCUGCUUUAAUGUUUUCCUCCGAAGAGGCUUUUACUGAUUUACUUCUUGUCUUAGUUUCUGCUCAUUCCAAUCAAGGCCAUCGCAGUACUAAGGCAAAUUUUACCCUUUCUCUGUUCUUUCUCUGGCAUGUGAUACUGUGCAUUCAGUAGGAAAGAGAGUUUCAGUUUAACUUGUGAGCUAAUUCCUUGAAAGGGUAACCUGUCUUGAUUGGGAGAAGGGAGGAUGUUAAGGUGGAGAGAAGAGACACCAGAGUUACUGUGGGACGAUGGGAGGAGGAGAGGGAAAUAAAUCCUUAUACUUUGAAUUAAAAAAGAAAAAACAAACACAUCCUAAAUACAGAGCAAAAUAUCCCCAGAGCAGUAAAUCAUGUCCAUGCUGAUGUACGGAGACAGCAGGAACGUUUGCCAUGCAAAAGCAAAAGGAAGUCGAGAGAGGAGCUGUGUCCCAGCACAGCCUCAGCCUGUGCAACACAGAAGAGUUCCUACUGGCACAGACAGAUGCAACAUGAUCUUGGAAAGCCUGACUCCUCGGUUCUGGAGCAUCUGAGGACAGAGUGUUUGUUCACAAAAAAACUUUCUACAAAAGCCCGUUGCCAUGGUUGGAAACGGAGUUGGGCUCUGUGACAUUUUCCCUGUUGAGAUAGUAACGCUCAGCAUUCACCUUGCAUUGACUAAUGACUGAUGAUAGGACUUUGAGCUAAAGCUGCUGUAAGAGAAGUUUGAAGUUUGGCUCUUCAAAGCUUGAGGCUGGACACAUCUUGAGCAUCAUCUGCAUUCACCACCAGAACAGAAAGGGAACACCUCCACGAAAGAAGAGGCGGGACGCAGCAACUUGAGUGUCCCCGGGAUGCUCCUGGCAAUAUGACAGCAGUGACGUGUGGCACCGGUGGCACGGAAGGCCUUUGGUGCACCUCCUUCCAAGAAGCUGAAGUGACUCACUCAGAUCUUCCCCUGAGAAGAAAUCACUUCAUGGUGCUCAGGACUUGGAAGGAGAGUGAAAGAGAAAAAGGCUUCAAAAAGAAGGAUUCAACAUGGGACCUGAUGUCAGUCCUCAGCCACCAGGUGAUGGAUCCACUGUCUGAAGGAAAGACCAGUACAGACAGUCCUGCUGUUGUUGCUGGCUUUCCUCCUCUGUGUCCAGGAGCCCGGUUUUCCUGAGAACUAAGUGCUGGAGGAAGAUGGAGAGGAAAGCAUCGUGUUCCAAGAGUGCACCACAGAGCCACCCAGGCAGUGCAAUGCCGUGUUUGAGGUGCUGAGCGACAGAGUGAAAGGGGGAGCCACUUCCAGCAGGGUGAAGAAAAGGCUGCCAAGGAGCUGAGCUGGUCCAAGUAGUCCAAGCACAGAAAAAAAGGGUUGAGAGUGAAAAAAGAAACCAAGAGAAAGUACAAAGAAUCAAGUCUGGGCUUUGGGGAUAGCAAGGAUACUGGAGUUGUACUGACUGACUGUUGAGACGAUUUCAUACCUCUGCGAUUUCGGGCCAGUGGGACUUAUCUAAAGAAAUCUUCACUACAUUGUCAGUCAAAAACCUUUCCUAAUUUAGUUUGCCAAACGACUGACCCUAUAUAGGCUACGAACCCUCCAUGCUGUUAACGCUGUAACUCAUUUUUCCUGAGUUGAGGGUAGCUUCAUUUCAUGCGGGUAUCAGUUUUCAAACCUCAAACAGCUCUGGGGGUUCAGAGAAGCAUCCCAGAGGCUAGAUGCUUGUCUGAACUGCUUGAGCCUGCACAACUGGGCCAGCUGUCUUGCCAGAACGGACACCGCUGUGAGACAGCGGGCGCUUCCUGGGUCCGCAUGGCCCAGAGUUACUGCAAGGGCGGCCGUUCUCGUGCUGGCCUUGGCAUGACUGUUUCCAUUCAGACCCAGGGAGUGCACAGGUGCAUGCCAACAGCAUGAGUGAAUUGAACCAAGCCUUUUUCGCAGGACAGUUUUGGUUCACAUCUCUGUUGGAGGGUCCAGUUGGUACCUCUUUCUUCCAGAGCCAACUGCCCUGGGUAUGCAUGCGCGCGUGUCAGUGCGGGUGUACGCGUGUUGAGCAAUCAAAUCCACCUAACCAAAUUCUGCAGUAUUUUGUUAUAUUAGAAGUAAGCCAAUGGGAUCUAAUGUGCAUUCCAAUAAUGCUCAGCAAAAAUGCCCAGGACCAGAAAAUUAUGUGAAACUACUUGAAGGCAGACUUCACAAGCAUCACCCCAAGAUCAAAAGAUCAUUUGAUUUUGAGGUGCUUAAUUUCCACAGCUCCUUUCAAGGGCCCUGAUUGCCUAAACAGGCAUUUGCUUUUUCCAGAGACUACCUGCUUUUUCCAAUUAAUUAGCCUGCCUGAGUUUCUUGAUCAUUUGGUCCUGAGGUAUGUACAUUUUCGGCUGACUUUUUGGAGUGUGCAGAACUCGAUCUCCUGUACUUUUUUUUUUUUUUUUUUAAUUAAUUGCUCCUAACAGACUGGAGCUUUACUUGUAGCACCCUAGUUUAUACUACCAGACUCUCCAGGAAGGACUGGUAUUUUGCUCUCCUGUGGCAGAGACUUGAGAAUGAAGUAUGUAUGUGUUGUGUCUGUGAAACUUUAGUGGAUUUCAGCCACUGUUUUUUUUUUUUUUCCUUAGGCAAUUUUACAUUUGACUCUGACAAAACUACUUUAGAGUUUUUUUUUAUUUUUAUUAGAGAUAUUAUUAAUUCAGAUAACCUUGUACAAAAGGCAAAUGUAUUGAAUUACUACAGGUUGUGGGGGCUGAAGCCAAAGGUCUUUGUAAGCCGACAUCACUUGCCCUAGAUCUGACUGUAUCAGACAGUUUAUUCCUCAUGUGUCAUGUUGGAGUUACAAGAUCAUACCAAGCCACUAGAACCUGUCAAUAGAAUAGUGCUACACUAUAUUUGCUGUUCUAGCAAAGCCUUUUGUAGAUUUAUACAAUAAAACUUUGAAAUAUC